AACAAAAUGGCAAUAAGUACAUACCUAUCAGUAAUUAUUUUAAGUGUAAACAGACUAAAUGCGCCAAUCAAAAGACAUAGAGUGGCUGAAUGGAUAACAAGACCCAUAUAUACGCUGCCUACAAGCACUCGUUUCUGGUCUAAAGACACACAAAGACAGGCCUAGGGCCGGUUGCCCAGGUGGCAGGCAGCUGGGUGCCGCCAUCUUGCCAUCUUGCCAUACAGUGGGAGCUGUGUGCCAGGCUCCCAUGUCCUGCAGCCAUGUUGCCUUGCACCCUCCCCUCAGGGCGGUCCUGCCCUGGUCUGGGCUCAACGAGGCAAGGCCUGGAGCCUGGCAGUGGCAGGACAGCCCAAGGCCCGAGAUGGUGAUCUUUUGCGCAGCUGUAAAUUACUCCAACUGACAGGGCAAGGGGGAGAAGCACGCUGUCUCCUGCCACAGGUUUCCCCCUAAGGGACUCAAAAUGUCUGAUCCAGUUAUUAAAGGCUGUUCAGAAGGAUAACUGGACCCCCACUAAGUAGUCUUUCCACAGUAAUGAACACUUCACCAAAGAAAGCUUCUCCACGGGGCUGGAGGAUGAGCACUGACUGCUCAAGAUCGUGGCCAUGACUUCCAUCUUCCACCUCACUGAGAAGAAGGGAGCUGGAGGCCGUGGAUGCACCAGGAGAACGGAUACCAGAAAGUCCUCAGGGGGCUUGAGGGGACAUGUGAGUGAAGCAGACAGGCAAGGAGCUGCAGGGUCAUCAACAUCCUCAAGUGAAAACCCAGUGGUCAAGCUGGAGUCCUGCAAGUUGAAGUGAGCUGCACUGUAGGGUAAAACUGCACCCAGGGCCAGCCCAGAAGCCACCAGUCAGAAACUGGUGCAGCAGCCUCUGGAAGUACUCCAGAAGCCGAUCUGGCUAGCGCAGCAUUAGACAGCCAGGGAGAAGCAAACAUGUCUGCUGUAGAUGCUGGCAAUCAGAACACCACCUCCCCUGAUGGGGGCCUGGUAGGUAAGAGUGGCAUUUCCAUGGAUGACUUUAUCCCCCCAGUACCUGGGGCCUGCAAAUUUACUGGCUCACUUCAUUCUUACAGUUUCUCCUCCAAGCAUGCCGGAAAGAGGCUGUCUGUCCCGAGAGCCUGCUGACCGACAGAGGCUGAAGAGAGACAUGGAGCCUGACUGCAGUAAAACCAGCCUGGGGCCCAAGAAGGGCUUGGCACAGAGCCCCACAAGUUUGUCCCUCACAGCAAUGCCUCAGAAGCCCUCCCAGAGCCCCUCCACCCCUCCAACAGAUGUUACCCUGAAGCCAGGCACAGAAGCUGUGCUAAGUGAGCACAGGGACACCAGCCCCAUGUUCAUCAAGGAGAGCAUCCUGGCAGCAUUGGGGGCCUACAAACUCGUCAGUUUGUUGCAGUCCUGCUGCUUCUCAUCCUGGCAGAACAAGAACAAAAUGUGCUUCCUAUGGGAGCAGGAGGAGAAGAACAGCAAGCUAAAGACCCUGCAACACAGGGUCAGCUGCUUGGACAGCCAGGCGUGCAAGCUGCAGGAGAAGCGGGACCAGCUGAAGAGAGCAAGCUUCCCCUAGCUGAGCAGGCGGCCGUCCCCUUAGCCCCCACCCUGUGGUCAGUACCAGAGCCUUGAGGCUCCCACACUGCCUGGUUAUUAUGGGGCGGGGUUCUUGCUGAUGGCCUCUGAGCACUUCCAUGUGUUGCAUGCUCCCUGCUGUCUCCGCAGAGGCUAUGACAGUAGCUGUGCCUUGUAGAAGAGGAGCCCAGGUUGGUGAGCUUACCUCACUCACUUCAGGGCACACUCACGAGGCAUCUCAGGAAAGGGGGUUCAGCUAGUGAGAAAGAAGGCAUUUCACGUCAGCUGGGAAAGCCAGAACUAUUCAAUGAAUGGUUGACAAUUGGUUUUCCACUUGAACGGGGGAAAUCUCUUUGUAUUGCAUAUCUCACACAAACAUAAAAUCCUAAUGAAUUAGGAUCUAAAUGUAAAAUAAAAUAGACAUAGUAAACUAUUAGAAAAAUUAUAGGAGACUCUUAAAAUCAUGUGGAGGUUUUUUCAUUCAUGUUCUAAUAUCCGUGACGUUAAAUAAUUUCGAACAUCAAUAAUAAUUUCUUUAAAAUAAAAAAAAAAAUACACACAGAGUGAAAGUGAGGGGAUGGAAAAAGUUAAUCCAUGCAAAUGGAAACAAAAAGAAAGAUGGAGUAGCAAUACUUAUAUUAAAAAAGUAGCCUUUAAAACAAAGCUAUAAUAAAGACAAAGAAUGACAUUACAUAAUGAUAGAGUGAUGAAUCCAACAAGAAGAUAUAGCAAUUGUAAAUAUAUAUGCACCCAACAUAGAAGCAUCUAAAUACAUAAAGCAAAUAUUAACAAACAUAUAGGGAGAAAGUGACAGUAGUACAUUGGAUACACAGUGAUCCAAAAUCUAUGGGAUGCAGCAAAAGCAGUUCUAAAAGGGAAGUCUAGUGACACAAGCCUACCUCAGGAAACAUGAAAAAUCUCAAAAAAGCAAU